UGUCUCUCUGUCUCUCUUUCUCUCUCUGUCUCCUCUCUCCUCUAUUUGUGUUUUUUGUCCUCUGGAUUUUUCCUAAUCUUCUUUGAGCUUUCGGAUAUUCCGAUGCCUGAAGAAUUCGAUUACGGGUUUUCCAAUGCAUGAUCCUUUGAUUUCAUGCAAAAUACUUUUCUGAUCACCGAUUCAUCUCCGCGUUCUUUAGCUAGAAAUUCAACUACUAGGGAGUGGAAAUGCUGGAGGCAGUUGAGAGUUCUGUCCAUGGCAGAUUUUCACAGUUGCAGAGUUGUGGAGAGAGUAGCGAAGAGGAGCUGUCUGUGCUCCCUCGUCACACUAAAGUCGUUGUCACUGGUAACAAUCGGACGAAAUCAGUUCUAGUUGGCCUCCAAGGCGUGGUGAAGAAGGCUGUUGGCCUUGGCGGGUGGCAUUGGCUGGUUCUCACAAAUGGUAUAGAAGUAAAGUUACAGAGGAAUGCCCUUAGUGUUAUUGAAGCUCCUACCGGUCAUGAGGAGGAUGAUGACAUUGAGUGUGAAAACAUGCAGUGGAAUGGUUCAGAUAUGGCAUCUGAUGACACUCAGAAAUCUCAUAGACCUAGGCAUCGGUCACAGAAGUCUGUUGGGUCAUCUCAGAAGACUAUGAACCGGUCCCUUUCCUGUGAUUCACAAUCUAAAGGAUCUGUUUCACCUGCUCGGAAUGCCACGAAGGUUGACCUCAGUAAGCUAGAAAUGGCGGCAUUAUGGAGAUAUUGGAGGCACUUCAACCUUGUGGAUGCCAUUCCCAACCCAUCAAAGGAGCAGUUGAUUGAUGUUGUUCAGAGGCAUUUUAUGUCACAGCAAUUGGAUGAGUUGCAGGUACUUGUUGGGUUCGUUAAGGCUGCAAAGAGAUUGAAGACCAUCUGCAACUGACCUCUGAUAGGGAAGAGAUCUUUGCCAUUUCGUUGUCGGCACUAACAAAUACUGGUAUCAUAUGUCCCCCUUCCAAUAGUUAUGUAGUAAUUUCCUGUAACAUAUGUAUCCUGUGGCUUGUUAUUCCAUCCUCUUUUUAUUUUCUUAGUGAGUUGGGUAGUCAAGUGAUCUAAGUUAAAGUAGUACUAGGUAUGUAGAUAUGUAAUGGUGAACUUAAAGAAGUUUGUAUGGCCAAAUACACUUGCCUAAGUGCAGUGCUGACUGACUCCUUGGGGGAAGUGGGUUAUAUUAAUGUAUAUUCCUAGUUCUCGUUAA